AUGGCAAUUGAUCCAGCAACUUUUAAAUUCGAAACACCACAAUUUGAUCCAAGAUUUCCAAAUCAAAAUCAAUCAAAACAUUGUGCUCAAUCAUAUAUUGAUUAUCAUAAAUGUAUUAAUGUAAAAGGUGAAGAAUUUGAACCUUGUCAAAUUUUUUUUAAAACUUUUACAAGUUUGUGUCCUUUAGAUUGGGUUGAAAAAUGGGAUGAUCAAAGAUCAAAUGGGAAAUUUCCUGUUAAAUUGGAUGCUUAA